AUGGCGUCCAUGCGGGAGAGCGACACGGGCCUGUGGCUACACAACAAACUGGGCGCCACAGACGAGUUGUGGGCGCCGCCCAGCAUCGCGUCCCUGCUCACCGCAGCGGUCAUCGAUAAUAUCCGCCUCUGCUUCCACCGCCUCUCAUCGGCUGUGAAACUCAAGCUGCUGCUAGGGACUCUGCAUCUUCCACGCCGCACGGUGGAUGAGAUGAAGGGCGCUCUGAUGGAUAUUAUCCAACUAGCUACCCUGGACUCAGAUCCCUGGGUCCUCAUGGUUGCUGACAUUCUGAAAUCCUUUCCUGAGACGGGCUCACUUAAUCUAGACCUCGAGGAGCAGAACCCCAAUGUUCAAGACAUCUUAGGAGAACUUAGAGAAAAAGUAGGUGAGUGCGAGGCAUCUGCCAUGCUGCCACUGGAGUGCCAGUACCUGAACAAGAAUGCCCUGACCACCCUUGCUGGGCCCCUAACCCCACCGGUGAAGCAUUUUCAGCUGAAGCGGAAACCCAAGAGUGCCACUCUGAGGGCAGAGCUGCUGCAGAAGUCCACCGAGACAGCCCAGCAGCUGAAGAGAAGUGCCGGGAUGCCAUUCCAUGCCAAGGGCCGGGGGCUGCUCCGCAAGAUGGACACUACAACCCCUCUCAAAGGCAUCCCGAAGCAAGCCCCCUUCAGAAGUCCCCCCACGCCCAGUGUCUUCAGCCCCUCCGGGAACCGGACCCCAAUACCACCUUCGAGGACACCAUUGCAGAAAGAAAGGGGUGUGAAGCUGCUGGAUAUUUCUGAGCUGAAUACGGUUGGUGCUGGCCGAGAGGCAAAGAGGAGGAGGAAGACUUUAGACACAGAAGUGGUGGAAAAGCCCACCAAGGAAGAGACAGUUGUUGAAAAUGCCACCCCUGACUAUGCUGCUGGCCUGGUGUCCACACAGAAACUUGGGUCUUUGAAUAGCGAGCCAGCACUUCCCUCCACAAGUUACCUGCCCUCUACCCCCAGUGUGGUACCGGCCUCCUCUUAUAUCCCCAGCUCUGAGACGCCCCCAGCCCCUCCUUCCCAGGAAGCCAGCCGACUGCCUGAGGAGCCUAGUGCCCCAAGCCCUACACUACCAGCUCAGUUUAAACAAAGGGCGCCUAUGUACAACAGUGGCCUGAGCCCAGCUACUCCAGCACCUGAAGCACCUACCUCGCCUCUGACACCUACUACUCCCCCAGCUGCCACUUCCACUGCUCAGACACCCCCAGUGGCCAUGGUGGCCCCACAGACCCAGGCACCUGCCCCUGUUCAGCAGCAACCCAAGAAGAACCUGUCCCUCACGAGAGAACAGAUGUUUGCUGCCCAAGAGAUGUUCAAGACAGCAAACAAGGUCACUCGGCCAGAGAAGGCCCUCAUCCUGGGCUUCAUGGCUGGCUCUCGAGAGAACCCAUGCCCGGAGCAGGGGGAUGUGAUCCAGAUCAAGCUCAGCGAGCACACAGAGGAUCUGCCCAAGGCAGACGGCCAGGGCAGUACCACCAUGCUAGUGGACACAGUGUUCGAGAUGAACUACGCCACAGGCCAGUGGACACGCUUCAAGAAGUACAAGCCCAUGACCAAUGUGUCCUAAGUGCCAUCCCUGCUG